AUACAUUUCUGAAGCUGUUGGAUUGGCGAGGAUUUUCAUAAUAUUUCAAGGUUUGGAACUCCCUAGGUCAUCAUACGAUGUUUGUCAAAGCUACACUGGCUGCAACUUGCGUUUUCCUCGCACUAAUCUACAGUGUGACCGGAAAUGAAACGGUAACUGUGGACGAAAAUCAGUUACGUGAUUCCACGAAAAAGACGAAAAGAAAGAAGAAAUACCCUCCGGGGCCGAAAGGGAUGCCUUAUUUUGGUGUCCAUUUUCAGGUUAGCCCCGGAGAGAUGCACAAGAAUCUAGAGAAAUGGAAAAGACAAUAUGGAGACAUUAUAAGUUUUAAAAUAUUAGGACAGAACAUUGUUGUACUGAAUUCCCCGGAGUUGAUUCGGAAAGCAUUUGAAAGUGAAGAAUUCGCUUCUCUUGUGAAUGACAGACCUCCAAAUUUCAUCGGCAAGUACGUCAUGUAUAACUACAGGGACGUGCUGCUCAACAGGUACAGCGAGUCGUUUAGAAAAAUGAAGAAAUUAAUGGUGUCUUGUAUAAACAAGCAUGGUUUCUCUUCCAAACACUUCCAGGAUAUUGCGGACGAGGAGUUCCGAUGUGUGCUGAAUCAGUUUCACGCGCAGAACGGCCAAGCUGUAGAUGCCGUUAAGCUCCUCAUGCCAUCGUUUUGUAAACUCAUAGGUGGAUUUUUUUCUGGCAAACAUUUGAAAGAUGGCGACCCGAUUCUUGAAAGCAUCAUUGCUUUGGAUCAUGAUGGUGACAUCAUGAUACAACCACAGGUUCAUGGCGUCCUUAGCAAGUUUCCGUGGUUACGGCGUUGCUGUGGUUUCUAUGGCAACCUUUACAGCAACGUCAUUCAACAGCGAGAAUCACUGUUUAAAAGUCUUGUUACAGAUAUGAAGGAAACCCUGGAUAAGGACAAUGUGAAGUGUUAUUCACAUGAUAUGCUCUCCUGUAAAGAGACAAAUGGAUGUGAUUGGCUGACAGAUCAACAUAUUAACGGCAUGUUAAUGGACUUGAUUAACACGUCCGUGCUAACAACUAAAAGUGUCAUGUCCGGAAUGAUUUUUAUGUGGCUCCACCUACCGGACGUUCAGCAGAAAAUGAGAGAUGAAAUAGAUCAAGUGAUUGGACGAGAGAGAUUACCCACAAUCGAAGACCGGAAGAACUUGCCAUAUGUACAAGCCUGUAUCUAUGAACUGCUUAGAUACCAGUCUCAUCUGCCGCUAACAGCUGCCCAUGCUAACAUUGACCAUGAGGUAGAAAUUGAAGGUUACACAAUACAGAAAGGAAGCGUUAUUUUCGGGAACUUGUACGGAGCUCAUCAUGACGAGGAAUUAUGGAACGACCCCUGGGAAUUUCGCCCGGAGCGAUAUCUAACAGACAAUGGCACACUCGUCCCAAAGGAUCAUGCUGUUCACAGAAAUUCUAUCGCCUUCGGAGUCGGAGACAGAAAAUGUGUAGGUAGAGAUAUGGCUUACAACCGGAUGUUCUUAUAUGCUGUACAUCUCCUUAGAACAUUCGAAUUUCAACCGGAAGAGGAUACAGUACUUCCGCCCCACGAUCCCCGACAAUUUGCCAUAUCGGCACCAGUUAUUUUACCAAAUGUCUAUAAAUGCCGGGCUAUUCCUAGAUAAUCUAGCUAAACCUGUUGUUGGAAAAUCGUUUAUAUUUGCUGUUUGGGGAAAAGGUUUUGAGUGAUCUGGAAAUGACGCUUUCAUAUAACAUUUGAAGAUAUAUAUGUUUAAUAGUGCUACAUAUGUUGGGACAAAUAGUAUGGUACAUGUCUCUUUACUAGGUUGUUUAUCCUAUCCAAUUCUACCUUCAACAGAAAACACGUUUAGAAAUACAUGUUGUAUAUAUAUCUUUAUGUUAUAUGUAUAUGUAUCAUAUAUCUUUAAAAGGGUUGAAUAUUUAAGUAUGAAAAAAAAAAAUCAUAAAAUGUUAUUAAUGUUAUCAAGGGCAAAUACGGAAGAUUAUAAGACUUUCAUAUGCGUGCAUGUAGGAUGGGGAUAUUCCACCCGAG